CGGGCGCAAUGGCGGCGCCCAGCGCUCGCUGCCUGUGGCGAGCACUGGCCCCGCGCUGCGGGCGGCUCCUCCCCGGGCUGGAGCAGCUCCUCGCCGUCCCCGCCGUGGUGAGCCCCGCCACCGCCCGGCCCUACGCGGCCGCAGCCAAAACUGCCAAAAAAGAUGCCAAGAGGCCCAGGCAGGAGAAGGUGAAGGAGAAAGCCCCGCCCCGGAGGCGGCGGCUGAUGGCCAUGCCCGUGGACGAUGUGUACCUGACGUGGCUCUACAAGAGACCCUCCUACGAGCUGGAGCAGGCCGUGGGCAUGCUGAAAAGAUUCCAGGAGCUGGAUUUCACCCACCCCAAGCAGUUUGUGUACAUCAAUGUGUUCCUGGAUAUGGCUCUGCAGAAGAAGAAAAAAGUGGAUCCAUUUUCCAGCAGUGUCACUCUUCCCCAUCGCUUUACGGAUGAGGUGAACAAGGUUUUGGUGUUCACAGAGAAUGAGCAAGAAGCUGAAAUAGCUCGAGAGCACGGAGCUGCCAUCGUGGGAGGACUGGAAUUAAUCAAAUGGAUCUUGGAGGAUGAAAUCCAAGCUGAUUUCUAUGUGGCCGUCCCUGCCAUAAUACCCAAGUUAAUACCCCUGAGGAACAAACUGAAAAGGAAGUACCCCAGCAGCAAGAGGAAUUCCCUGGGCAGUGACAUUCCCAAAAUGCUGCAGUUCUUCAGAGAAUGUCACGAGUACACGGUAGAGGAUGAGGAUAUAAUCAAGACAAGAAUAGCCAGACUGGAUAUGCCUGCUGAGCACAUCAUUGCCAAUCUGAAAACAGUUAUCCACGACAUCUGCACCUUCAAGCCAUCAAAUUUUGAUCCCAUUGUGCGGAGGUUGGUUAUCAGAUCUUCCACCAGUGAAGGUUUGCUGCUGAACCUCGAUGGAAUCCUGCCUCGGGUGGAGAAAGCAGAAGAAAAAAAAGAAGAGAACGCGGUGGAUGAAGAUGAACAAAAGCCAGCUAACCAAGAAUCUGUUAGUACCUGAUGUCUUCCCCUUGCUCUAGCAGGGGGAGCAGAUGGUGUCAUUCAAAUCAUGCUCUGUGAGAACAAAAAAUAAAUGGGACUUGAGGAUUUCA